AUGGUGGAGAACGAACACUUCAUCGAGAUGGUACGAUUUCUGAAAUCCAGGGCUACUGUGCCUCACAAACGCCUCUUCCUCGAGAAGCUACGCGGAAUGAAGAAAGGGCUGGAUCAGGAAGUACUUGGGAGGCUGACUGGCGAGCACGUUGCCGUCACCUCUGACGGAUGGACAUCAGCCAGCAACGACACGUACAUGUACUUCACCUGCACCUACAUCUCAUCCAACUUCGACCUGGUGGCCCUCUGUGUGGAGUGCAAGAAGCAUGGAGGGCGCACGACGGGUGAGGAUCUCGUGGAAGCCGUGAAAGCCAUGAUCGCCCGAAAUGGUCUGACGAGUCGUACCGUGGCAACCACGACGGAUUGCGAGCCGUCCAUGGUGAAGGCGGGUCGUCUCCUUGAGGAAAACGAGGGCGUUACCCACCUGGGGUGCUUCUGCCACCGCCUUGAGUCGAUCACAUCUCAAGCAUUUGGCGGCCCAGGCGUGUCGAAAGCGCUGGCUCUUGCACGUCGCGUCGUGACGCGCUACAACAUGUCGAGCCAGGCCUCCGAUCGUUUGGAACAGAUGCGUGACAUCGUGCAAGUGGAGAGGAAGAAGGUCGUGCAGGAUGUCGAAACGAGGUGGUGGUCGACGUAUGCGUCCAUCUGCCGCCUUCUCUCCCUUCGCCGGCCCAUCACAGAACACGAGAGAAUCGACAGCAUCCCUCCCUUACUGAAGGAGAAGGACUGGGAGGUGCUUCAGGUGGUGGAGCCGCUGUCGAAGCCGUUUAUAUUGUCGCAGAAACACCGUGAGGCGUCCAAGGACGUCACGGUGAGCUUGGUGAUCCCGUACAUCGCCGACCUGAGGGACGAACUGGACGAAGCGGUCGAACGUCUCCAAGCCCACGCUUGUCCUGCGGAGUCGAUUGUGGCCGAGGCAAAAAAGGAUGUUUUCUUUGCGCCCAAGCACGUCAGACCGACCUCAGUCAUCGUUGAGCCCCGCGGGUUCAAGAAGAAGCAAGUGCUUGCUACUGCUUUGGAUCCCCGGAGCAAAAGCCUGUAUGGGAUCGAGGAGACCGAGCACUCGGACGUGUGGGAGGCCGUUGCCAACGAGGCGGUCAAGGUGGCCAUCGAAGCCAAGGCUACGGAAGACACCCAGAGCGCCGGCGCAUCUUCUUCCCUUAUUCCGGUCGAACCCGCCGCUGCCGCAGCUCCUCAGCCUCGGCGUCGCCGUGACUUCGCAGCAGCUUCCGCGGUGCCCGGGGACAAGCAGCAAAGUGCCAAUGCGAGCUCUUCGACUUCAAGGGUACUGUGCAUCCCAGCAUCUCAGCCCCAGUCGGAGCGUGUAUUUUCGUCGGCAGGACUAGUCGUGACGAAGACACGCGCUCGCAUGGACCCCGAAAACGUAGAACUGAUGUUGUUCCUGCGUAAUGUUCUACGCGAGGUGGACCGGUGGAACGGAAAUGGCAACAAGAGGAAGAGCGAUCCCAAAAAAUGA